CUGAUCCACCUAAGAGCAUAUGGUGUUUUUCACAAAACAGGCAUCAUCUCCUUGACUUUGGACUUCGCUUAUUGAACCCCUGUACAGAACCAAGGAUGCUAAGAGACCACCUGUGCUGAAUGCACUUUGUUCUGGCAAAAGCUAACUGAGAGAAAACCAAGGAGUCGUGAUAUCUACCACUACCUGGAAUUAAGUCAGGGAGCAAGAGCAGCCUGGAUAUGAUGUGUAAAAACUGGAUAUUAAUGUCUACUUCUCCUCCCACAAGUCUGGAGGAUGAAAUUGUUGGAAGACUUCUAAAAAUUUUAUUUGUUAUCUUCAUUGAUUUUAUGUCUAUUAUAUAUGUUAUUAUAACUUCCUAA